GCGCCGCGCCCGCUGCCGCUGGCGAGCGGGCCAACAUGGCGGCCUCCGUGCUUGCGGGCGCGCGGAGAGCGGCUACAGGACUCUUAAAGCCUCUGAGUAUUUUGAUGUCUUCAGCUUAUGGAAACUGUGCCAAGAAUGUCUGUCUUAAUUCUGCCCUGUUUCCCAGGCAUUUCAGUCAUAUUCAGACACCAGUUUCCUCUGCUUCCCGACCUGUCACGUCUGUCAGAAAUCUAACAUGUGAGCAUACUGCAACAGUCCUGAAUAGAGUGGCCCUUUUGGUUCCCAGCAUCCUGAAGACACCAGUCCGAACUGUCACAUACUGCAGCACAAAAAAAGGCAAAAGAAAAACUGUAAAAGCUGUCGUCUAUCGGUUUCUUCGACUUCAUUCUGGUCUUUGGCUAAGGAGAAAGGCUGGUUAUAAGAAAAAAUUAUGGAAGAAGACAAGUGCAAGAAAAAGACGCUUGAGAGAAAUAGUGUUCUGCAAUAAAACCCAGAGUAAACUCUUAGAUAAAAUGACAACGUCUUUCUGGAAAAGGAGAAACUGGUAUGUUGAUGAUCCUUAUCAGAAGUAUCAUGAUCGAACAAACCUAAAAGUGUAGAUCAGAAAUUUUACAAUUUCCCAAUUAUUGAUUAUAUAUCCAUGUAUAUAUGACGUCUUUGCAAAAAUAAAAGUAUAAAACUGAAUGUAAAUUGUUUGAACUGACAUGUAAACAUAAUAUACCAUUAAACUUAUGAAAAUUUUAAAACUU